CCGUGAGAAUUGCCUGGGCCUGUUUGUUUCGUGUCCUGAAAAACCUACCGAGCGACCCACUAGUCAGUUCUCUCUCCCCCAUCUCACCUAACUUCUUCGAGAAAAACCCAGGAGCAGGGGCGCGUACGGCGGCGCCGCCGCCGCUGCCGCCGUAUCCUUCUCGUCCUCAUCCGGCCUCCAGAGAUCCGGAGCCCGCAGAUCCGGCAACCUCGCGCCUGGAUCUUGCAGCUCGGGCCGUGCUCCUCCCUCUCCUCCCCGGCACACGGCGCCUGGUGCUCGUCAUCCACGACGCACCGGUCGCUCGUCUUCCACGCCGCACGGCGUUAACCCCGUGUCAAAGACGGCUGCCCCCAAAUCCCACACCAUGCCCCGUGCUCGAAGGCCUCGCCGUGAGUGGUCGGACGGCGUCCCGCCCGAGCUUCUUGGCGUCAUCUUCCUCGACCUGGCCUGCCUCGCCGACCGUGUCUGCUUCGCUGCCGUCUGCCGCGCGUGGCGCUCUGUGGCGCGGGCUGUUGGCACCCCGCCGGCGCCGCGCCAGCUCCCAUGGCUCCUUCUACCGUCCCCCGACAAGCCCUCCUUCUUCAGCCUCCACUCGGGGGCCAAACGCCGCCUACGCCUCCCGGAGAGCAUCCGCGGCGCGCGCUUAUGUGGCUCCCAUGAUGGCGGUUGGGUCGCUCUAGCAUUCGAGCAGUGGCGAGGGUAUGCGGCCGUCAACCUCCUCUCUGGCGCGACGGUUCUUCUCCCCGACAGGCUCAGGACUGCGCACCCGCUCGCUCCCCAGGCGAACACCGCCUGCGAGCACCACAUGGUCAUCCGCACCAUCACCUUCUCGGGGUCACCCUCAGCAGAGGACUGCCUUGCCGCCGCACAUGUCUCCAGCGCCUCCAACAUCGCCUUCUGGCGGCCUGGAAUGAACGGGCACUGGAUCACCUGCGGUGUCGCGGUCGCUCUGGACGUGAUCCAGGACAUCAUCUAUUACGAGAAUGGGCUGAAGCAAGGUUUCCAUGUCCUGUCAAAUACAGAGGACAUCGUGGUGUACACGCCCAACAGCGUCGAGGGUGCCUCUCUGGUGAUGUCCCGUUCCUCCUACCAGAUCCAGAAGCGCGCUGAUUACAGGCCGGAUAAUCUCAGGCGCAAGUCGCGCACAGUGUCCCGCUAUCUGGUGGAGUCCCGCGGGAAAUUGCUAAUGGUCCUGCGGCUUGCCAGGCGUGGCAAGCAUGGGUUCAGAAUCUUUGAGAUGAACCUUGCGGUUGCUCCCGCUGGGGGCUCUGAAGCUUCUUGGGUGGAGCUCCACUCGCUUCCUGGUCGGGUGCUCUUGCUUGGUCGAGGCUGCUCUAGGGCUGUUGAGGUCUCUCAGUUCAAUAGGCUCCAACUGGGUAGCAUCUAUUACUUGGACGAUACUAGCUUCGACAUAUCCUUGGCGUUAAGCAGUGGGAGUAAGUAUUCCAGUACUGACAUGGGUGUUUAUGGUCGCAAAACACUAAAUAGGGCGCGUAGUGUGCGGCGCUUUCCGCGAAAAUUUACUUCAGAGGGCUCCCCACCAAUCUGGUUUAUGCCCUGACUCAGUAUGCAGUUUGGGGGAAUUUAGCAAGCCUGUCUAGUAUCCUUGCAAUUUUGCAGUAUGCUAAAAGAUGCUAGGCACUGUAUAUUCAGAAAUAAGAAAGUAGAUUCCUGUGAACAAAUGUAUGACAUGUUGGAAGCAUCAAUCAAUCAUAUUUUGUGUCCCCUGAA